AGAAACCACCCACAUCAUUAUUAUAUAAAAGUUUAAUGUGUGUUUUGUGUCAAUCGAAGUGUUCGAAAAGUAAAAAACAACAAAGUGUGUAAUUUUGUACUUACGAAAAGUGUUUUUUGAAAAGUGUGAUGAUUUAAAAAGAGUGUGCUUUUUUUGUAAUCAUCCUGUAAAAGCUUAGUGAAAAAUUAUUAUAUUUUUUUUAUACAUUUUUUUGGGGGUAAUAUAAUUGUGUUGCAACCGUGGAUACGCUAGCAGGGCCUAUUUGUGGAUUAUCUCAUGUUAGAAUGGCAUUGGCAAGAAUGAAAACUUCGUCAAAUCGAAGUCAAAGACUGCCAGUGGUGAGUGAUUGCUCACCGGGGCAAACUGCGCGGGUUAGUUCGAACCUGCACCCGACCAGUGGAAGCAGUAUGGCCGUUAGUCGCGUGCCAAGUCCGCCACCUCAGGAGGUUAACACACCCGUUGCUGAAAACUGGUGCUAUACACAGGUCAAAGUAGUUAAAUUCAGUUACAUGUGGACCAUAAACAAUUUUAGUUUUUGCCGAGAAGAAAUGGGUGAAGUAUUAAAAUCUUCCACGUUUUCUGCAGGUGCCAAUGAUAAAUUAAAAUGGUGUCUCAGAGUCAAUCCCAAAGGUUUAGACGAAGAAAGCAAAGAUUAUCUAUCAUUAUAUUUAUUACUUGUAUCAUGCAAUAAAAGUGAAGUACGAGCGAAAUUUAAAUUUUCAAUAUUAAAUGCCAAACGUGAAGAAACAAAAGCAAUGGAAUCACAAAGAGCGUAUCGAUUUGUACAGGGGAAAGAUUGGGGUUUUAAGAAAUUUAUUCGAAGGGAUUUCUUACUUGAUGAACAAAAUGGUUUACUUCCUGAUGAUAAACUUACAAUAUUUUGUGAGGUCAGUGUGGUAGCCGACAGUGUAAACAUCUCAGGACAGUCAAAUACAAUACAAUUCAAAGUGCCAGAAUGUCGGUUACCGGAAGAUCUUGGUAUGUUAUUCGAAAAUCAAAAGUUUAGUGACGUCACGUUAUCAGUUGCUGGUAGGGAGUUUCAAGCGCAUAAAGCCAUACUAGCAGCUCGUAGUCCUGUGUUCGCCGCAAUGUUCGAACAUGAAAUGGAAGAACGGAAACAUAAUCGUGUAGAUAUAACUGAUGUGGAUCAUGAAGUUUUACGAGAAAUGUUACGAUUUAUAUACACAGGAAAAGCAGCAAAUUUAGAAAAAAUGGCUGAUGAUCUCUUAGCAGCAGCUGAUAAGUAUGCCCUAGAAAGAUUAAAAGUAAUGUGCGAAGAAGCACUAUGUACAAAUUUAUCGAUAGAGAAUGCAGCGGAAAUAUUAAUACUAGCGGAUCUUCAUAGUGCUGAUCAGUUAAAAGCUCAAGCUAUUGAUUUUAUUAACACCAGCCAUGCGACAGAUGUAAUGGAUACAGUUGGAUGGAAACAAAUGAUACAGACUCAUCCGCAUUUAAUAGCCGAAGCAUUUCGUGCACUUGCAACACAACAAAUCCCUCCGAUUGGACCACCACGAAAACGUGUAAAACAAAGCUGAAAACAGCCACCGCCCUCCGCGUCGCAUCUGCCGUGUACUCCUACCCCUGCAGUUAGCGGGGGCCUCACAAAUAUGUGAUAAUAAUUACUAUUAUAAAUAAAAUAAUAAUAAUAAUGAAU